AUGUACCAACAACCAAACCACUCGUAUCAGUCGUCGGAUUCGUUGAGACGAUUAUCCGCCAACAAUCCGUUCAGGCAACAUAAUUUUGAACCACCGAGACACGUCAAUAGGUCAGCGUCGUCGCUUGGGUCCGGCCAUUCAGCGUCGCAGAAUCAAGCGUUUGAUGACUGGGUGGAAAAAAAUAAACAGCUCAUAGAAGAGUCUGACGACGAGGAUCUCUACAGUCUGCCCAACCCCGUCGACAUGAGUUUGAACUUCAAUGAAUCGCGUGAUAAUUCUAGGCCAGCAAACGAUCAAUUCAAUGACCUUGCAAGGCCAACAUUUCCAACUACGGUUAGAGCUGGAAGUGAUAGUAGCGUGAACUACAGUGAUAAUAGAAGAAUGUCGUCAAAUAACCCGUUUGCUUCUGCCCUUAAGGCACCUGACGCAUACGUCCAUCGCAGAGAACCACCACCAGUGCCACAGGCGAGAACCAAUUCAAACACGCCACCGGCACGUCCUCCUAAGCUCGAAUCUGGUUUACCCCCUUCAUACGAAGAAGUAGCAGGACCUGAGAAGACAAGAAAAGAAUAUCCUAGGGAAAAACUGGGUUCAUCAUCGUCUAGACGUCACUCGUCAUCCAGACGUCAUCGCUCCCACAGUGACGCUGGUACUGGUACUGGUACAGGAAGACACAGCCGCUCCAACAGAGAUAAGGAAAGACGUCACAAGAAGAAAUCCCAGCCAGAGCCUGUUAAAGCUAAGAACUUGGAUACCAUCGAUAAAUUGGACGUGACUGGAUUCUUCGGAGGCGGUUUCCAUCAUGAUGGACCCUUUGACGCGUGUACUCCACAUAGGAAUAAGAAUGUUAAAGCUGCUCCAGUAAUGGCAUUCCCUGCUGAUGGUCCAAAUAGCUCAAUAAAGGGUGCGGGUGGAAACAUUGACAAAAACGAACAAAUGAAUUUGGCAUUUGGUAAUUACGAUGGAGAACAAGACCAAUUAGUGGGUAAGACUUCACCAGUCAGACGCCAGAGUAAUGAUAAUCAAGUGCCAUUGAUUAAGACUAAUAGAAAAACUAAUGAUGUCCCAACGUCAUUAUUCACACCAAAGCAUAACCCUUCUGUGAUGAAUUUCGACGCCAAUAUGAAGGCCGAACCAAUACACGGUUCAACCACUGCUGGUUUAGGUUCUUCGACUUUUAUUGAUGGUGCACCUGCUCCAAAAGGUACCGAUGAUCAAUUUUUAAGUGUCAGCGGUGGUGGUUUAGGAAGAAAGAAAUCGUUAGUUCAAAGAUUACGUAAAAAUAGUGGAAGUGAAAGUAGUAGCAGAAGAAGCUCCAAUGACUAUUACGACAGAUCAGAAGAGAGAAGAAACUCUGGUGGAUACGACAGCGAAAACGUUGAAGGGUCCGGUAACUCGUUAUUAAGAAGAGUUAAGAGUUUGAAAGUCGGUAGGAAAUAA